AUGGUUGCUGACUUUUAUCUUGAAGGUGGCUUUGGUGACCGCGGUGGUCGUGGUGGCCGUGGAGGUGGCCGUGGUGGUGAUCGCGGACGUGGAGGUCGUGGAGGCCGUGGUGCUCCCCGAGGUGGUCGUGGUGGCGGUGCUGGUGCCCGUGGUGGUGCCAAGGUCAUCGUUGUAAUGCUAAUCCAAGAUUUUCAGGAGCCCCACCGUCACGCCGGUAUCUUCAUUGCCCGUGGUGGUAAGGAGGAUCUGCUCCUUACUAAGAACUUGACCCCCGGCACCUCCGUCUACUCCGAGAAGCGCAUCUCGGUCGAGGGUGCUGCCGGUGACGACGGCACCGUUCAAAAGAUCGAGUACCGUGUCUGGAACCCCUUCCGUAGUAAGCUGGCUGCUGGUGUUCUUGGAGGUCUCGACGACAUCUACAUGAAGCCCGGCUCAAAGGUCCUCUACGUUGGUGCCGCCAGCGGUACCUCCGUCAGUCACGUUGCUGAUAUCGUUGGUGAGACUGGUAAGGUCUACGCUGUCGAGUUCUCUCACCGCUCCGGUCGUGACCUGGUUGGCAUGGCCACUCAGCGUACCAAUGUCAUCCCUAUCGUUGAGGAUGCCCGUCACCCCUUGCGCUACCGCAUGCUCGUCCCCAUGGUUGAUGUCAUCUUCGCCGAUGUUGCCCAGCCUGACCAGGCCCGUAUUGUCGGCCUUAACGCACACCACUUCCUGAAGGAUGGUGGCGGUGUCUUGAUCUCCGUCAAGGCCAGCUGCAUUGACAGUACCGCUGCUGCCGAUGUUGUGUUCGCUCGUGAGGUUGAGAAGAUGCGUGAGGAGAAGAUCAAGCCCAAGGCUCAGUUGACUCUUGAGCCCUUCGAGCGUGAUCAUUGUAUCGUCGCCGGUAUCUACCAGCGUUCCUCAUAA